CACUCUACUCAUGACCGUCGAGUUAAGUCAGAGAGAUGCGUUUUACGUUCCGAUCAACUUCGAUCCUGACCGUCCAUUUCAAAAAGUAUUCAUCAUCCUCUGCAUCGAAGUUAUCUGCUAGACAUGAUCACGGGCUCAUGAUCAAACGAGGAGAUUACAAUUCUCUGUUCCUUAAAAACAAGCUCUUGCAAGUUUACACGAAAGGCAGAGGCUUUGACGAUGCAGACAAGCUGUUCGACGAAAUGCCUGUUAGAAACAUCGUUACUUGGAACAUAAUGAUUCACGGGGUUAUACACCGAGACGGUGAAACCAAGGAGAAAGCUCGUAUGGGUUUCUGUCAUUUGAGACGGGCUCUUCUCAGUGAAGUGGGGUUGGAUCAUGUGUCCUUCAUUGGCCUGAUACGGUUGUGUAGUGAUUCAACCAAUGUAGAAGCUGGUAUUCAGUUACACAGUUUGGUAAUGAAACAAGGUCUCGAUUCAGAUUGCUUUGUAAGUACCACUCUUGUUGAUUUCUAUGGGAAAUGUGGUUACAUUGCUGAAGCUAGACGAGUUUUUGAGGCAGUUUCGGGUAAAGACUUAGUGUUAUGGAACGCUUUGGUCUCGUCGUAUGUGCUUAACGGUAUGGUCGAUGAAGCUUUUGGUUUACUCAAGCUAAUGGGAUCUCCAGGUGAUAAUUUUACUUUCUCGAGUCUUCUCAGUGUGUGCAGGGUUGAACAAGGGAAGCAGAUACACGCCAUUGCCUUCAAACUGUCGUUUCAGUUCGACAUUCCUGUGGCGACUGCAUUGGUUGAUAUGUAUGCUAAGAGUAACCAUAUUAGAGACGCUCGGGAGUGUUUUCAAUCGAUGGUUGUGAGGAAUGUAGUGUCUUGGAACGCGAUGAUUGUGGGUUAUGGACAAAACGGAGAAGGGAGAGAAGCUAUGAGACUUCUUGGUCAGAUGAGAAGCGAGAAUCAUCUCCAACCAGAUGAGCUUACCUUCGCGAGUGUUUUAAGUUCUUGCGCAAAGUUCUCAGCAGUUCAGGAGGUUAAGCAAGUGCAAGCCGUUGUUACUAAACAAGGCUAUGAAUGUUUUCUGUCUGUGGCUAAUUCUCUGGUGACUGCUUACUCCAAGACUGGAGGUUUAUCUGAAGCACUUGUCUGUUUCCACUCUAUCAAGGCACCAGAUCUUGUUUCAUGGACUUCAGUAAUUGGAGCUUUAGCUUUUCACGGAUUCGCUGAAGAAAGCUUGAGAAUGUUCCAAGGCAUGCUGCAGACACUUCAUCCAGACAAGAUCACCUUUCUAGAGGUUAUGUCUGCUUGUAGCCAUGGAGGACUAGUUCAAGAAGGGCUUCAUUGCUUCAAACUAAUGACUGAGGUUUACAAGAUGGAAGCAGAGGAAGAACACUACACCUGUCUGAUAGAUCUUCUUGGUCGAGCCGGUUUCAUCGACGAGGCCUUGGAUGUUUUAAGGUCAAUGCCUAUUGAGCCACGUGUAGAUGCUUUGGCAGCUUUCGCAGGAGCAUGUAACAUCCACGAGAAGAGAGAAUUUAUGAAAUGGGGUGCAGAGAAGCUCCUUGAAAUUGAACCUAGCAAACUUGUGAACUACUCUCUCUUGUCAAAGGCUUACGUCUCUGAAGGCCAAUGGAACCAAGCGGCUAUAGUGCGUGAAACAGAGAGGAGAAAUUGCAAUAAUCCCAAAACUCCAGGUUGCAGUUGGCUUGGGAACUAGAGAACAAUGACCAUGACUCAUGAACACAAUGGUAUGUAAAAAGCACAUGGAAGUAAAGAUUGUUUAAGAACACAAAUGAUGC